CGAGGCCCCUGCCCUCUAGGGGCUCACAGUCUGGAGGGGAAGGUGGACAAAACCACAAAAACAAAAACAUGUGAGAGGAAAGAGCCAAGCUAAGUGGAAACACAGCAGGUGUUACGAGGAGGGCUGGAGGCUGCUGGGUGAGAGGCUGAAAAGGCCACACGGAGGUGACAUUGAUAUUUCCAGCAGCAUGACCAGAAGCGCCAGCCCUGCACGAACUCAGAGCUCCACGCAGGAGACUGGACAGGAGCUGACCGAUGGGGUCCUCGGCUCCAUCCCCCCGAAGGAUAGGCAGGUGCCCCCCACCACCAAGAGACUGGCACAGGCUUGGGGGGAAAACGCAUCAGGCACGAGCAAACACAAGCCCUGCAUGAUGUGGACCGCCCGGGCACACCGGCUGGACAGGCUGGUGGAGCAGCUGGUGCCUGCCUUCCUGGGCGGGGACCCCACCUUCGUCCCCACCUUUCUGGGAAGUUAUAGAACCUUUGCCACCACCCAACAGGUGCUGGACACUCUAUUUACAAGGUACGGCUGCUGCCUCCCACAUUCAGAAGAGGACGGUGGGCCGCUGGACCAGAUGAAAAUGGCCCUGUCGUCCAUCCUGGCCAUCUGGCUGAACUGGUACCCUGAGGACUUUUUCUAGCCCCCAGGGUUUCCCUGCCUGAAGAUGCUUGUGGCCUACUUAGGGCUCAACUUCCCGGGCUCAGACCUGGAGUACCAGGCCCAACUGCUCCUCUCAGAGCUGGAGCACAUUAAACCCGCCCAGGAGGACACAGAGGGUGAAGCAGUCCUGGAGGGGUGACAUGGGCGUGAGGGGAGGCUCUGGGCGGGGCCACAGCGACAAGAGCUCCCAGAGGCUGGGGCUUGGCUGGGACUGCAACCCGGGCAGGCUUCCUGGAGGCGGUGCUGCAGCCAUGCUGAUCGUCUGUAGUCUUCUCGGGUCCACAGAGCCAGUGCCAACUUCCACUCCCAUGCCCCCCGCAGAGCUGGGGCAGGCUGAGGGCACAGCCUUCCCGGGGGCAUCUGCGUCGCCUCGGCGGCUCACCUCGGCCCCUGUGAUGGCUCGAGUGUGUGCAGUCACACCAGACAGCUCUUUCUCCUCCUCUCCAAUGGCAUUUUGAAAAGUCUUUGUGUUUACCUGACAAUCAACUUCAAG